UUGAAGACCUGUCAAUCUAGCAAUUUGUACUGAAAGCUAAACAACGUACGUACUAUGAGCCGUUGGACCGACGUUUUUCGUAUGAUCUGUUUUCAUGAAGAAAUAAAAACUUUAUGAUACCUUAAACAAAUAAAUCAUCAGUCAUGAAGACGGUGGUGGCUACAUUAUUGACAAUAUCAGUUGCCAUAGCGACAACAUACUACUUACGGGUGACGAAACCAGACGGAUUUGUCCGGAGUUUUAACCAGUCAUAUGAUUACAUAAUCGUUGGUGGGGGCGCAGCAGGUUUGGUGUUAGCCAAUCGUCUGUCAGAAGAUGCUGACGUCACCGUUUUGGUGUUGGAGGCGGGGAAGUCCGAAUCUGAUAAACCGAUAUAUGAUGUUCCGUACAAUGCCCCCAAAGCCCAGAUGACAGAAGCUGAUUGGAUAUAUCGGACGGUACCACAGAAACAUGCGCAGUGGGGUAUGAAAAACAAUGUUGGUAUUUGGCCACAAGGGAAAGGAUUAGGAGGGUCCACACUUCUGAAUGGACUUGUCUACAUCCGGGGUAGUCGCCAUGACUACGACACCUGGGCAGCCAAUGGUUGUGAAGGAUGGAGCUAUGACGAAAUUUUGCCGUACUUCCUUAAAACGGAGGACAUGCGCGAAACAGAUGGAUUUGAUGAAGAGUAUCAUUCCCGUGGAGGGCCCAUCGCCAUAUCGGAUACCACCAAAUCUGAGAUUGCCGAUGUCUAUUUUGAGGCCGCAAAGGAGAUCGGGUUCAAAGUUCACGACUGUAACGGAAAUGACGGUAUCCAAGAUGGCUUCUGUCGGGUGCAGGCCAUUAUUGGAGAAGGACAAAGGUGUACCGCCGCUAGGGGAUUUCUACAUCCGGUUCUUGGGAGGGAUAAUUUGCAUGUGGCUAUCGAGUCUCAUGUAACUAAAGUUGUGAUCGAAAACAAGCGGGCUGUAGGUGUGGAGUUUAUACAGCAGGGAAGGAAGAAACACGCGGCAGCUAAACGGGAGGUGAUCUUAACCGCGGGGACAGUUGGGUCGGCACAGUUACUACUGCUGUCUGGGGUAGGGCCGAAAGACCACCUUACUGAGUUAGGGAUUCCCGUUGUAGCUGACCUGCCCGUAGGUUCAACACUUAGGGAUCACAUGAUGUUUUUCGUGAAGGCCGACAUUGACAAGCCGAUAAGUUACACUUCUGCCAAGGUGUUUACACCUCUAAACUGGCUUAAGUACUACUUUUUUGGAACAGGUUUGUUGACAAGCAAUGCGGCUAUCGAGAGCCAGGCUUUUGUUCGGACUGAUCCCGAUAGCCAGGCAAAAUCCCCUGAUAUUCAGCUGACGUUAUUCAGCACUUUGGAGGAGCAUGGAGAUUCCUUUGAUCAUUUCAACUACAAGGACGAGAUCAACGAAGCGUUGUUCCGGUCCAUCCACGGGACAGAGGUGAUGCCGGAAGGGUAUUCUAUUGACGUGGUUCUGAUUCAACCUAAAAGCAAGGGAUCUCUACGCCUGGUCAGUCGCGACCCCUUCGACUACCCACUGCUGGAUCCUAACUACUUGUCGGACGCUGAGGACAUCAAAACCUUUAUCAGGGGUAUUCGCUACGCUCAAAAGAUGAUGAAAACUGAUGCCUUGAAGAAUCUAGGAACAAAAUUUCGUGAAAUUGACAUACCCGGAUGUAGAGAGAAGACUCCUGAUUCUGACGAACAGUGGGAGUGUUUUGUGCGCCAUCUAGCGACAACGAUAUACCAUCCAGCCUCUACUUGUAAAAUGGGAGCUCUCUCCGAUCCUACGGCUGUAGUUGACCCACAACUAAGAGUGAAGGGCAUUUCCGGUUUGAGGGUAGCUGAUUGUUCCGUCAUGCCAAAUCUCACGUCCGGUAACACGAUGGCGCCUACGUUCAUGAUUGCAGAAAAAGCUGCCGAUCUCAUUCGAGGGAUAACAGGCAUUAAAGUACGUGGGACCAAGAAAAGCUGAUUGUGUUUUUUUUUUAUUAAAUAAUACUAACGUUAAUGUUUAAAACGUUUUGUUGUGUUCGUUUCAACUCAGUGUCGUUGAGACGCUUGUUUUACAGUGUGUGAUUUCGUCAUAAUUACUGUUUUGUGUAAUUGUAAAGCGUUAUGCAGGAAAUGUAAUAAAAAAUCAAUAAAAAAAAUCCUAUGUACCCAGAACAAUUUGGAAUAAUUUGCUCGUUUCGCGUCUUGUUCAGAGUUUCAUGCACAAAACAUAUCAUGAUAUCACUGACUACAAA